GGGCUGGCUCCGCCUCUGACUAUCAAGCAUAUUGAAAAGGAAUGCCGUUCAUUCCUCCCAUUUUUAUAUGGAUAUCGUUCCUCAGAGAAUUAUUGUGACUAUGACAAACUGCAGAGGAUUGAAGAGGAUUGGGGUUCAUUCCGUGAGUUCUCCAUCGAGUAUCGGUCAAAAUCAUAUCAUCUACGUGAAACACUGGGAGCGAUUAGAGAUCGAUGCUCGUCAAUCAGGAUGUUAUUAGAUGAUUAUCUGUAUGCAGAGGAAUCUGAUGCCUUAGACACUCUACAGCAAAAGAUGCAUAAUUUCCUUGAAACUCUGCUGCAGAUUAGCGAGGAAUGUGAUUCUUUCCUUAUAUUUUUGGAAAAAUAUCUUCCUUUAGAAGAAUCUAUUCCCUUUGAGGCUCUGAAGACGAUCAUAUAUAAAUGUGAUUCAUUCAAUUCGCUUUCAAAAGAAUAUCUGUCUGAUGGAUUGAAGUUCCUUAAAAGGGAUUUCAAGUUCCUAGAUAUCAUUCUCAACUCGCAGAUUCUUGUAGAUGAACCUGAUGUCAGAGAAAAAGGCCAAGUUCUGCUUCAAGAUGCUGAAGCUGAUGUGAUAAUCUACUCAAUGCAAGUACAAUCACAGUGUCCCUAUUUUCGUUUCAGUAUCUUGAAAAUCAGAGCUAAAUACUCCGUUACCAAAAUAUCAUUUCAACAAAGAUGCUAUUGUUGUUCCCAAUCUUGUAAUGGAAUUCAUUGAUACUGUUAAACAAUUUGGAAGAGCUACCAAUUUAUAGUAAUUGUGCAACACUAAAGACAACACUUCAGGAGAUGCUAAACAUCUUGAGAACCAAUCUCAUCAAUCUACCAAAAGAGGCUCUUGAAUUUCAUCGUCGAGAUAUUGACUCUGUGAUUGCUGAUGCAGGACUUCUGGUUUACUCUUUACUUGGCAGCAAGCAUGAAAAGCAAGUCAUAGCUACGGGAGAAACUAACCAAGCACUAAUUUGGAGUAAGAAGGAAACUAUCUACUUCAUAACUCGAAAGUC